AUGGCCCGUCAGGUGCGCUCCUUGAUAAGGAAGCAAGUGGCUCCCAAGGAAAUGGAGGCGUUCUUCUGGGACGUGAUCGCUGAUGGCACGGAUCAGGACGAGGUGACCGAAAGGCUAGACGCGCUGAUUUUCGGCGACGCGUCACCGGCUAUCUUGGCCCGGGAAGUGGGCAGCAGUGCAUUCAAGUUCGACAAAUCGACGGCCACUGUAGAAGUGAAAACCGAAGACACCUACAAAGAGAGGGACGAUGAUGAGGUCAUGCCCGACGACGACAAGGACCCAGACUUCACAGUGGGCUGUUCGAGGACGGCCCGUGUAGCUUCCAGAGGCUCGAAGCGGGCUCCGAAGCGGGCAGCGAAGCGUGCGAGGUCUCCCGAAGACCAGCCAGUAUCAAUGAAACUGGCACCGUACUCUGGGAGUGCUAAGAUUGGUGAAGCCGUGGCUGGUCCCAGUUUAGACGUUACCUUCGUUCAAGCUCCUGACUCUGGGAAUGGUAGGAUCUCGGCUGGGCCUAAUUUUACGUCGUCACCGGCUACCUUGGCUCGGGAGAUGAGCAGCAGCUCAUUGAAGAUCGUCAAAUCGACGGCCAGGGUAGAAGAGGAGAGCGAAGACACCUACGAAGAGAGUGAUGACGAUGAGGUCACGUCCGACGACGACAAGGACCCAGACUUUUCGGUCGGCAAUUCGAGGUCGGGCCAUGCCGCGUCCAGGUACUCGAAGCGGACUCCGAAGCGGACUCCAAAGCGGGAUGCAAAGCGGGCUGCAAAGCGGGCUCCGAAGCGGGCUCCAAAGCGGGCUCCAAAGCGGGCUCCAAAGUGGGCUCCGAUGCGGGCUCCGAAGCGGGCUCCGAAGCGCGCGAGGUCUCUCGAAGACCAGCCACGAUCAGCGAAACUGGCGCCGUACUCUGGGAGCGCUAAGAUGGUUGAAGCCGUGGCUGGGUCCGGUUCAGACGUCACCUUUGCUCGAAGCUCCGGACUCUGGGAACGCUAG